UUAUUCGUCCCACAAUGGGGAAAUUCGGGCAUUGCAGCAGCAAUGUGGACAGAAGUAUACAUACAAUUUACAAAGUGGCGUCGUUCAGAACCUGGACAGCGUUUUGGUUCCGUGACGUGGCCCUUUCACCGGAUAUACGUCACCCUAACAUUCGCAGAUUAGAAGUGCUCUGCCUUUAGCCUUCCCCUGUGUGAUCGAUCACUGUAAAUGGACUUCCAAAUUGUUUUGUUAUUAAGGAGUAGGACUAUCGACAAGUUAUCCGCUGAAAGUGCUGUAGCAAUGGCAUGACAAGCAGGGUUAACGUUUCAUAGGGAGAGAAUUUGCGUUAAAGCGGUCACAUAUGGAUAUAUUGGCAGACAGCUGCACGGGAAAGGAGCACCUGUGUUCCACGUAGAAGAUCGCCAUGAGGAGGUGACAGUGAGUUGACGAUCUUCUUCGGACAUAUGGCAAGGAUCAGUUUCUCCUGCCUGCCGGCCUCCUGGUACUGCAGCGUGUCCCUGCUGUCGCUGGGCUGCCUGCCCAGACAGAGGCUGCUGUUCCUGGGCUUGCUGGUCUGCUCCGGGCUGGCGCUGCUAGGGCUCUACCAGGCUCAGCCCUGGGGGGUCCAGCACCGUGGCGGCCGCAUCAACAAGUACCUCUCCAUCGUGGAGACCAUGGAGGCCACAGACGUCAACAACGCAGCGCUGAACUAUGGGAUAGUGGUGGACUGUGGCAGCAGUGGGUCCAGGGUGUUUGUGUACUACUGGCCCCCCCACAACGGGAACCCCCACACCCUGCUGGACAUCAGGCAGAUGAGGGACAGAGACCGCACCCCCGUGGUCAAGAAGAUCAAGCCAGGUAUCUCCACCCUGGCUGAGACUCCAGACCGAGCCAGUGACUACCUCCAGCCUCUCCUCAGUUUCGCUGCCGCCCACGUCCCCCGGGCCAAACACAAGGAGACCCCCCUCUACAUUCUGUGCACGGCCGGCAUGAGGCUGCUGUCUGACGGUCAGCAGUCUGCCAUCCUGGAGGACCUGGUGUCAGACGUCACUAAGGAGUUUGACUUCCUGUUCUCCCGCUCCCACGCAGAGGUGAUCUCUGGGAAACAGGAAGGUGUGUAUGCAUGGAUUGGCAUUAACUUUGUACUCGGACGCUUUGACCAUGCUGACGACGAUGACGCAAUGGUGGAGGUCACCACGGGGUCACUGGCCCACCAGCCAAUCAGCCGAAGGCGCACCGUGGGCAUCAUGGACAUGGGCGGGGCCUCGCUGCAGAUAGCCUAUGAGGUGCCUUCAGCCGUCACCUUCAGCUCACCGGAGCAGGAGGAGGCAGGUAAGACUCUGCUGGCAGAGUUUAACCUGGGCUGUGAUGUGGACCACACCGACCAUGUGUACCGUGUCUACGUCACCACCUUCCUGGGCUUCGGAGGGAACAUGGCCCGGCAGCGCUACGAGGACCAGCUGGUCAACAACACACUCGCUAGGAACAGGCUGUCGGGUGAGCAGAGGGGCCUGUCGGAGUCCUCCGCCCUCCCAGACCCGUGUCUGCCCGCGGGGCUGACGGACGUGGUGGAGAGGGAGGGCACCAGGGUGCACCUGCGGGGCCAGGGGGACUGGGACCGCUGCCAGGGGGGCGUGAGGCCCUUCCUGGGCCUGCACAACGGGACCAUGUCCCCCUACGGGGUCUACCAGGCUCCCAUCGACUUCAAGAACAGCGAGUUCUACGGGUUCUCUGAGUUCUACUACUGUACCGAGGACGUCCUCCGCAUGGGAGGCCAGUACGACAGCCACAAAUACUCACGCGCUGCCACGGAGUACUGCGCCACCAAGUGGUCGACUCUGAAACAGCGCCUGGAGAGUAAGCUGUUCUCCCAGCAGGCAGACGUCUCCCGACUCAAGUACCAGUGUUUCAAGUCUGCCUGGAUGUACGAGGUGCUCCACUCCGGGUUCCGUUUCCCCGGAGACUACGCCAGCCUGAAGACGGCCCAGCGAGUCUACGACAAGGAGGUGCAGUGGACCCUGGGAGCCAUCCUCUUCAAGACCCGCUUCCUGCCUCUCAGGGACCUGCAGCAGGAGGUGUUCCGCCAGGCCCACCCUGGCUGGCUGCGCUCCUCAUUCAUGUACCACCACCACCUGUUCUCCCUGUGCAUCCUGGUGGUGCUGCUGGCCAUCCUCCUGUACCUGCUGCGGCUGCGCAGGAUCCACCAGAGGGAGCUCAGGCAGGCCGAGACCCUGGACCUGCUCUGGGUGGAGGAAGGGGAGGCCCUGCUGCCCUGACCCCUGGACCUGCUCUGGGUGGAGGAAGGGGAGGCCCUGCUGCCCUGACCCUUGACCCCUGGACCUGACCCCCUGGACCUGCUCUGUGUAGAAGGGAAAACUUCUACCCUGAGGGCUGUAUCCUGACCUCUCCUGACCCUGAAACCUCGACCGCUCGACCUCAGACCCAUCCUAGUGGCUGCUGACCCAGACUAAAGGAUUCUGGUGACCUGGAGCUGAGCUGACCCCUGACCCCUGAGGCAGGAUCGUGGGACUGAGCAUGCUCAGACCCUGGGAAGGGAGAGGAGGAUCAAGGUUCCAGGAAAUGAAAACAUUUCAAACCGAGCAAACCUACCGAGCGGAGCAGAAGGGCGAUCAGAGACGGAAGCCGUUUCUCAGGACGCUUCAUUUCUUCAUGUUUUUGUGUCGUUCUGCGGUUUUAAAACGGCGCCACCGUGUCGAACGUUUUUUUCUUGUCUUCGUGACGAGUCUGUUUGGACAGUACUGUAACCAUGACGACGCCGUCUGCGCUUCUGACUAGGACAGUUUUUCCUGUGAAACUUGAAAGCGAGAGAUUCAUCAGGAAUUUCUUGCAGUGGGACGAUGAGGUAAACAGCUUUACAGAUGAAAAAUUUAAUAAAAGUAAUCGUACGGCGACGGUCAGUAGAUUCAUCUCCACUGUUCUUUCGUUUUUAAUAUCUGUAUACUUCGAUUUUGGUAGGUUUGAAAUCCAGCCAGCCAGAAAACAAGUGUUUGUGGUUCACAGUGGAAAGGUGAAUUGAAAUCAAUGUGUUGUGGAGAUCUCCUUCCCCCCCUCUCUCUCUCAUUGAUAAGAAUGACAAUUACGAUGCUGCCUUGUUGACAGUUUUUACCCUGUUUCUACACCUCAGAGAAUCGUGUUCUUGAGUGGUUGUUUGUGGAUGCAGACUAUGUAUUUUAUAGGCUUUUCUAGUCAGAUUUUUAGUCACUUAGUUGUUUAUUUUUGUGAGGACAGCCUAACUGUUUUCUGUUCCAUUUUUAACAUGUGGCUGCUUCUAAUAGGGGACCAAUGAGGUGAGACCUUAUGGUGCUCGUUUAACAAGGGAGCAAUCAGGUUGGACUGUGGUGGUGCUCGUUUAACAAGGGACCAAUCAUCAUUUCCCCCUCCAGAGCUGGGCACUGUGCAAUGUUUUACAAUGAAAGCCUGAAACAGCAAAGGUGGGUAAAAGAUUAAAAAUAAAAUUAAUCUUCCGAAACCAAAAUUGCAAUUCCUAUUGCAUUUAAUUUCACUGAACUGCUAACCAUUUAAUUUUUUGUUAUGAAUAGUUAUGUUAGUUAAAGUCUGAGUAGUUGUAUGCAUGUGCUUGGUUUCACCUGUGUGGGGCAGAAAACAACCAUUUUUGUUACUGUAACAAUACAUUUAAUGAGAAUUCAACAAGGAAGUGAAAAUGAAGAAUCUGCUUUGAAAAAAAAAAUCUUAAAUGGUUUUAAUAAAAAUACAU